AGUAGCGACUCUUUUGGUAAUGCCGGCGGUGUGUGCCAUUCCUUUAGAGGGAGAGAAACUCGCAGCGCGUAGAAAUGUCACGGGAGGGUCUUACAGCAGGCGAGAACACAGAGUGAAAUUAUGUAACGGACUGUCACUGGAAAACGUGUUUUUUUUAUAUAAUUUCCAUCACGUAAUGCAAUUAAAAUAUUCACUUUUAAUUAUGACAGCACGAGGUAAAAAAGUAAUUCUGUUUCAUUCUCAUUUAGACAUUCGUGCUAUAUACAUGCAGACUGUUUAAAUGUCCCAGUUCACACCAAACUAUGACACAACUUGUUUGUUGUUUAAGAAAAUGGGGUGAAACUCAAUGAGAGGAUCUUCCUCAGUCUGCACUGCUCCUCACGGUCACUGGGAGGGUCUGGUGGCAAAAGGCAAAACGCUGAUUGGUCUGGAAGUGGGCCUCCUUUGCCAAGCCCACAGCACCAGGAGGUAUAUAUGCAGUUAGAAUACCAGAGGCAAAGAUAUAAAGAAGUUUGGGAUCGGUGAUAUCCAGCACAGCUUGUUAUCCUGCCAUCCACCUGAGACUGUGAGAUGAAGACCCAGCAGCCUCUUCACAUGGCCACUCCAGUGAGGCAGAGCCUUGCCCUGACUAAAUUAGCAGGGACCUCUGUUUACCUCAAACUGGAUUCAUCUCAGCCCACAGGAUCCUUUAAGAUCAGGGGCAUCGGACACCUCUGCAGAACUUGGGCAGAGCGAGGAUGUGAGCGGUUCGUCUGCUGUUCAGGAGGAAAUGCUGGUAUGGCUGCAGCUUAUUCGGCCCGGCAACUGGGGGUUCCUGCAACCAUCGUAGUUCCAAGUGUCACACCAAACCCAACAGUGGAGAGGCUGAAGGACGAGGGCGCCACCGUGGUCAUCCAUGGCAAGGCUCUAAAUGAAAGCAUUGAAUACGGACAGCAGCUCGUGGCAAACAACCCCAGCUGGAUAUUCAUCUCCCCCUUUGAUGAUCCCCUCAUCUGGGAAGGCCACACGUCUCUUGUGAAGGAGCUGGAGCAAGAUCUAAAGGAGAAGCCCGGAGCGAUUGUGUUGUCGGUGGGAGGCGGAGGCCUGCUGAACGGAGUGGUGGAGGGACUGCGUCGUGCAGACUGGGCUGACGUGCCCAUUGUAGCCAUGGAAACCAUGGGAGCACAUAGCCUCAAUGCAGCAAUGAAGGCAGGGGAGCUGGUCACUUUACCUGAAAUUACCAGUGUUGCAACCACACUGGGCCUGACGAGGGUUUCUGCACAGACUUUUAAACUGGUGGACGAGCACACGGUUUUCUCAGAAGUCGUCACAGAUCAGGAGGCUGUUAAAGCUGUGGAACUCUUUGUAGAUGAUGAGAAGGUCCUGGUGGAGCCCGCCUGCGGUGCCGCCCUGGCAGCCGUGUACAGUGGCAUUAUCAAAAGGCUGCAGGAUGAGGGCAAGCUGGCGCAGCGCCUGGGCCCAGUGGUCAUCGUGGUGUGCGGCGGCAACAACAUCAGCAUGGAGCAGCUAAGGAGGCUGAAAAAACAGCUUGGUGUUAUCUAGCGUGGGCCGAUUACCUCGGGUCGUCCUGACCUUUCCUCUGUUCCUCCAUCAGCUGGUCUCAAUCCACAAACCCAUUUAUCUGUGUGCUCCAUAGACCGAAUCAUUCCAGACUGUGAGACUCUCCUGAGCACUGAGACUGACACAUUUUAGAGGGAGCUGCUGGAGGGAUGUUUUUUUUGUUUUUUAUCUUGAUGAAAUAUUGUAAUUGUGCUGCUGCUCUGGUAGAGCUAGUUCUUGACUUUGAGAAAAAUAAAUACAAAAAAGGUUGUCUGACACAUUUAGGUUUGUAUUUAACAUGCUUGUAAGUUGUUGUUUUGCUUUUGUACACU